AUGAAUAUACCGGAGCAAGAACACGAGAACUGCACUGACACCGUUUAUGAUAUCGUCGAGAACGGGUUGAACAUAAACACACAGAAUAUAUACUUUCAUGCUGUCCACAGAGUCGGUAAGCCACGUUCGCCUGAGGACUCCCAUCACCAUCCCCGACCCAUCAUUGCGCGUUUUCUCUGCCGGGAAGAUAGGGACCGUGUUCUUAAAGCGAAAGGAAGAUUGAGACACUCGACGGAUUAUCCAGACGCGUAUAUAACUAAAGACUAUGCAAAGGCGAUACAGCUUGAAAGAAAGGAACUAAUUAAAGCGAUGUUCAUAGCGCGGAAGAAAGGCAUGAGCGCGAAAGUAGUGGACAGAAAUCUAGUGAUAAAUGAUAACGUUUAUCAUGUUGGUAACAUACCCGACGAACUUAAACCUGCAGCUGAAUCUACACGCUCGUAGAAGUUUUCUUUACUCAGGUCAGUGUAAUUCGAUUUUUCUCAGUUGCCUUUGCAUUAAUUGCUAUGGCAACCUUUAAGACCGAGACUAGUACUCCACGUUUGCUUCGCCGUUUGCACACAACGGAUUCUUUCCUCUUUGUAUAUUGUUCUAAAGUUAAACUAUUUGGCGUUCCGUCCUUUCCGGAUCCGUCGAUCUUUCUGUUUUGAAGGUAUGUUCUCCCUAAGCCGCUUAAAUUUUACCUUUUUUUUGUUUUUGUUUAUAGUUUUAUGUUUCCAGUGUAGCCGUUGUUUUGGUUUUUCGGUCAGUAGAAAAUAUUUUUCAGUCCUACGAAGUGUUAACUAUCGCAAUUUGCAUUUUGUUUCUGCAUUCCAGUUCACUACUUUUAAUCAUCAACAAGUUCCCAAUUGACGAAUUGAUAAUCUGUUCUCUUAAUGUGAGGGGCUUAUCCAACAACCUUAAGAGGCGAGAAACCUUUCGUUGGCUUAGAAUGAAAAAAUUUGGAAUAUUCUUUCUUCAAGAAGUCCACUGCACCAAAGAAAAAGAACGACUGUGGUCAUCAGAAUGGGGCUUCUCAGCUAUUUUUAG